GCUAUCAUAUGAUGGGAAUAUUAAUUGUUAGACGGCAUAUUCUUUGUUUUUGUGUAGGGUGUGUGCGAAGCCGUAAACGCUUCUCCGAAAGCCGUCCAUAUUUCUUCCAGAAGGAUGUCAAUGAAAGCUCUGUAUGUUGAAGAGUUCGGCGACUCGUCGAAGCUAAAGUAUGGUGAGGUUCCCAAGCCAGAACCCGCAGAAGAAGAGGUUUUGGUAAAAAAUGAGAUUUGUGGCUUGAACUACCUGGAAGUCAUGAUGAGGGAUGGGUAUAUACCUCUCGAAGCUUUAGGAUCUGGUUUUCCUUUGACAAUGGGAGUGGAGGCUGCUGGAACAGUCGAAAAAAUCGGUGCAAAUGUCAUUGGUGUAACCAAAGGAGAGAGAGUGGCUUAUGCAGUUGUUGGAUCUGGAGCACAUGCUGAAUAUGCAAAAGUGUCAGCAUCAAGACUGGUAAAAGUUCCAGAUGAGAUUAGUUUUGAGCAAGCUGCUACAUCAAUGAUUCAGGGGUUGACUGCGCAUUACCUGGUGCAUACAACUGGCAGAGUGAAGCCUGGUGACAAGGUGCUGAUUCAUGCGAUCUCUGGAGGGACUGGGUCUCUUGUGUGUCAAGUGGCAAAGAACAGAGGAGCGUUUGUGAUUGGGACAACCAGCACUGAGGCUAAAGCAGCAAAAGCAAGGGAGGCCGGUGCUGAUGAGGUUAUUCUUUACUCACAGAAAGAUUUUGCAGAGGAAGUCAACAGGAUAACUGAUGGAAAAGGGGUUAAUGUUAUUUACGAUGGUAUUGGAAAAAAAACUUUUGAGAAAGACUUUGAAUGUUUGGCUAUCCAAGGAAUCGUGGUAUCUUUUGGACUAGUUUCUGGACCCCCGCCUCCAAUUGAUGUGGAGAAACUCGCCAAAGGUUCCUUCUCUAUUUGCCGACCUAUGUUGUUUCACUACAUUGCAAACGAAGAAGAUUUGAAGAAGCGCAGCUCUGAAGUCUUUGCCUGGAUCAAGAAAGGCGAAGUAAAGUUUGGCGACUUUACUGUAUUACCACUGUCCGAGGGAAAGAAAGCUUACGAUUUGUUGGGAAGUGGAAAAUCUACAGGAAAAAUCUUGAUGAAGCCUUGAACUGAAAAUAUUUAAGCACACUAUCCAAAGAAAUGUUCAUUAUUAGCACGCUGUCGGGCAUUGUGGCGCAUUUUGUAUUUAAUCCUGCUGAAAUAAGCCAAUGAAAAUAAGAGUCAAACAAUCGUUCGAUAAGAGCAGCAAAUUGAAAUCGAGAAGCCAUAGAUAUGUUCGCGCCCUAUUCCCGCAGAGUUGGUGAAAGAAUUGAAAGCGAUCUUUUCAAAGCCCAAAUGAUAUCUUAAAUCGUAGAAUUCAACGACGAAUCAAUCUUCUGAGCUAGGAGAAGAAGAUUUGUAAAAGUGAGAAGCUGAUUCCGUCCCCAAAAAAAACAUACCUUUUAGGGUUCAGAUUGCUGUGUGUAUUUUUUUUUUUUCAGUUUUUAUUUUCUCAAUGCCCUUCAAAGUGACAAUAAUCGUAACAGAGUGUAUUUUCUUAAGCGGCUCGGGCUAAAAUGAGUCUGAAUCGGGCCCAAAACAUAUUUACGCCCGCGAACAUAACCUCUAUCGUUUUAGUAGAUUAAAGGCUGAUACAAACUGCAUCAAAUGCUAACGUACUUUUAAUCAAUAUAUAUUAAUGCACGGGGUUUUGAGAUGUCUCUAAGGACAAGAGGGAUAUUAAGAGUUUUUAAAUUUAUGCAAGAGCCACUGAAGGCAACUUUAUCAUUCUGGCGUUCAACCAGUGUUUGUUUUACUCUCUGCUGCAUAUCUUGUUACGCUCGUUGUAUCUUGUACCAAUAAACAAGACUCUGGCUCCUAAUUACAUAAUAUCUAAUACUCA